AUGGGGACUGUGACUCUGGCAUUGUCCCUGCUGGCUGUGGCUCUCCUGUGCCCGGCCACUGCCACCCUGCGCGUCGGUGCCUUCAACAUCCAGGCCUUCGGUGACACCAAGAUGUCCAACAAGGAGGUGGCAGAGAUCAUCAUCAACAUCCUGCUCCGCUACGACGUGGUGCUGGUGCAGGAGGUGCGCGACUCCGACCUCAGCGCCGUCACCGAGCUCAUGGAGCAGCUCAACAGUGCGUCCAAGUCCCCAUAUGACUACGAGAUCAGUGGCCCCCUGGGACGGGAGAACUACAAGGAGAUGUACCUCUUCAUCUACAGGACAGAUGUCGUGUCUGUGGUGGACACCUACCAGUACAAGGACCGCCAGGAUGUUUUCAGCCGGGAGCCGUUCAUCCUGAGGGUCUCAGCACCCCGCACCAAGGUGGAGGAGUUUGUGCUGGUGCCCCUGCACUCAGCCCCACACGAUGCCGUCGCCGAGAUCGACGCGCUCUACGACGUCUACCUGGACAUUGUCAACAAGUGGGGGACUGACGGAGUGUCACAAGCAUCUGGGGUGGCACCAGGGCGGGUGGCACUGAGGGUGUUGGGACCCCCAUCUGGGUUCCUGCUCCAAGCACACGACACCACCGUGGGGCAAGUCAGACGUCGUGCCUAUGACAGGAUCGUGGUGUGUGGGGCCAAGCUGAAGAGAAGCAUCGUGUCCAAUUCGGCUGCUAUCUACGAUUUCCAGCGUGCUUUCCGGCUGGACCAGGAGGAGGCCCUGGCAGUCAGCGACCACUACCCGGUCGAGGUGAAGCUCACAGCCUGA